CUACAAGGCUCUAGUAAUGUUAGAAAGCCAUAUUGAGAAAGUAAUAAACAGGUUUUUUAUACUCUAAACCAGUGUUUUUCUAACACUAGUGGUAGAAAACAACGGCUCUAAACGAUAUACCGUAUUUUCUGUACUACAAGUCACACAAGGCCAAAAAUACAUAAUUAGGUAGAAAAAAAACAUACAUAAGUCGCACUGGAGUAUAUGUCGCACAAGGCCAAAAAUACAUAAGUCUCUCCGGAGUAUACGUCGCACAAGGCCAAAAAUACAUGAUUAAGUAGAAAAAAACCUACAUAAGUCUCUCCGGAGUAUACGUCGCACAAGGCCAAAAAUGCAUAAUUAGGUAGAAAAAACAUACAUAAGUUGCUCCGGAGUAUACGUCUCACAAGGCCAAAAAUACAUGAUUAGGUAGAAAAAAACAUGCAUAAGUCUCUCUGGAGUAUAAGUCGCACAAGGCCAAAAAUGCAUAACUUGGUAGAAAACAAACAUACAUAAGUCGCACUGGAAUACAAGUCACAUUUUUUGCAGGUAAUUUAUUUUUCAAACUACUUGACCAAAACAGGCAAAAAAAUAAACAUGCACAGAAAAGGUGUCCAGUGUUUAUGUAACAUAAACGUUUUUUUCAAUUAUAAGUCGCUCUGGAGUAUAAGUCACAGGAACAGCCAACCUAUGAAAAAAAAGUGCGACUUAUAGUCCGGAAAAUACGAUACUAUAAAUACUCAAUGAAGUACUUAGUCAGCCCUCCAAUAUCGCAGUUCUAUUAUUGCUCCCUCACAAUAUGCCGUGUUUCAGAAACAACCAGUCCCUGCAGCACAAUAGGGGUGUUACUUCAUGUCUACAAGGCUCUAGUAAUGUUAGAAAGCCAUAUUGAGAAAGUAAUAAACAGUUUUUUUAUACUCUAAACCAGUGUUUUUCUACCACUAGUGUGCCGCGGCACAGUGGUUGAAAACCACGCCUCUAAACGAUAUACCGUAUUUUCUGGACGAUAAGUCACACAAGGCCAAAAAUGCAUAAUUAGGUAGAAAAAAAACAUACAUAAGUCGCAUUGGAGUAUUCGUCGCACAAGGCCAAAAAUACAUAAUUAGGUAGAUAAAAACAUACAUAAGUCGCACUGGAGUAUACGUCGCACAAGGCCAAAAAUGCAUAAUUAGGUAGACAAAAACAUACAUAAGUCGCACUGGAGUAUAAGUCACACGAGGCCAAAAAUGCGUAAUUAGGUAGAAAAAAACAUACAUAAGUCGCACUGGAGUAUAAGUCACACAAGGCCAAAAAUGCGUAAUUAGGUAGAAAAAAACAUACAUAAGUCGCACUGGAGUAUAAGUCGCACAAGGCCCAAAAUGCAUAAUUAGGUAGAUAAAAACAUACAUAAGUUGCUCCGGAGUAUAUGUCGCACAAGGCCAAAAAUACAUGAUUAGGUAGAAAAAAAACAUACAUAAGUCGCACUGGAGUAUAUGUCGCACAAGGCCAAAAAUACAUGAUGAGGUAGAAAAAAAACAUACAUAAGUCGCACUGGAGCAUAUGUCGCACAAGGCCAAAAAUACAUAAGUCUCUCCGGAUUAUACGUCGCACAAGGCCAAAAAUACAUGAUUAAGUAGAAAAAAACAUACAUAAGUCUCUCCGGAGUAUACGUCGCACAAGGCCAAAAGUGCAUAAUUAAGUAUAAAAAAACAUAAGUUGCACUGGAACAUAUGUCGCACAAGGCCAAAAAUGCAUAAUUAGGUUAAAAAAAAAACAUACAUAAGUUGCUCCGGAGUAUACGUCACACUAGGCCAAAAAUACAUGAUGAGGUAGAACGAAAACAUACAUAAGUCUCUCCGCAGUAUAUGUCGCACAAUGCCAAAAAUGCAUAAUUAGGUAGAAAAAAACAUACAUAAGUCGCACUGGAGUAUAAGCCGCACAAUGCCAAAAAUGCAUAAUUAGGUAGAAAAAAAACAUACAUAAGUUGCACUGGAGUAGAAGUCGCAUUUUUGCGGGUAAUUUAUUUUCCAAACUACUUGACCAAAACAGGCAAAAAAAAAUAAACAUAAACAGAAAAGGUGUCCUCUGUUUAUGUAACAUAAACAUUUUUUUCAUUUAUAAGUCGCUCUGGAGUAUAAGUCGCAGGAACAGCCAACCUAUGAGAAAAAAAGUCCGGAAAAUACGGUACUAUAAAUACUCAAUUUAGUAACAUUGAAUCCCACAUCACGGAAAUUAAUUAACUCAUCUGGGUCGGGAACCAAUUAACUGUGAUAAACGAGGGACGACUAUACUCGGUCUAUCUGUGGCGGGGAACAGCAUAUGAGAUUUAGAGUUAGAAAGCGGAACGACAAUCUACACAUGUGUCCAAAUGUGUCUGUGGCAGUCCAAAUUGUAUUAGUGAUGGGUCGCCACAGAUAAAUGAAUGUAUGGGAAACACUACUCAGAUGUGGUUAUGGGAGAGUAUUUGUAAAACUGCUGUGAGAAAGGGGAAUUUGCCAAAAACCCUUGUGCAAUACAAUAUCAUAUAUAUGUAUAAUAUACAUACGUACAUACAUAGUACAUACAUACAUAUAAUACAAUACACAAACACCCUGUUACUCGCCGCCUGCAGGGCAGAUGUGGCACAUGUAAAAAACUUUUUGUGUAUUUUCACUAAAACUUCUCUCUCGUAGAAGUCAGGUACUCUCUGCAGUUGAGUAAUCACCAUCAUUGGUUUUUUUAUGGCUGAUCCGGGCCAAAGCGGGCCAGGCCUGGUGCACACCUGCCCUGCCCUCAUUGGGUGGAGUCAGCACCCAGCCAAUACCUGCGAGUGGUUCUACCUGUUGCACCUGCUCCCCCCCCCCCCUCCCUACCUGCCUGCCUCGCCUGUCAGCUGACGAGGGAUGGGCCGUCUCAGCGCCGCUCCACCUGCCCGUCCACGGCGGCGCGGAACCUCCCCUACCCCACCUCUACCCGUGCGGAGAAUAAAGAAGGAAGUGGAUGGAGGCGGUCCAACCGGUUCUGGCUUCAAGCUCCAAGCCGGAGAGAGAGAGACCGAGGGGGACUGGAUGUAUUUGCUACGUGUUUAGAGGGGGGGGGCUCCGGUGGAGUGGCUUCAGAUUGGAUCCAAAAGAAGCGGGAGGCCAGUGAACGCAGCAUGGGGUCGGAUGACACGUAUAAUUUUGUCUUUAAGGUGGUUCUGAUCGGGGAGUCCGGCGUGGGCAAGAGCAACCUGUUGACCCGCUUCACCAAGAACGAGUUCAACCACGACAGCCGCACCACCAUCGGCGUGGAGUUCAGCACCCGCACCGUCCAGCUGGACAACUGCACCAUCAAGAUGCAAGUGUGGGACACCGCCGGACUGGAGCGCUACCGGGCCAUCACUUCCGCGUAUUACCGGGGAGCCGUGGGGGCGUUGCUGGUCUAUGACAUCACCAAGCACGUGACCUACGAGAGCGCCGAGCGAUGGCUGAAGGAGCUGUACGACCACGCAGACCCCCACAUGGUGGUCAUGCUGGUGGGCAACAAGAACGACCUGGAGGAAAUGAGGACCGUCCCCGCCGAGGAGGCCAAGGCCUUUGCAGAGAAGAAGGGUUUGAUGUUCAUGGAGACGUCGGCGUUGGAUUCCACCAACGUUGAAGCGGCGUUCAUUGACGUCCUCACCGCCAUCCAUCGCAAGGUGGCCAGCAGACAGGUGACGCGGGGUUCCAUCAGCGCCGUCACCCUAUCGGGGCCCAUCCACCCCACCGGCGAGGCCCAGCAGGAGGGCAGAGGAUGCUGCAGGAGCUGAGCGAGCCUGGCGGCACACGGAGUGUAAGUUGGAUGGCCAAACCCACAACCACACGCUCCUUUUAAUUUGGCUGAUGACGCCAUUUUCUAUUGAACAAAACAACAAUGGCCGCCUGUCAUGUCAACCGCUGCCGUUGUUGGAAUGCAAAGAAAGAACAGGAAAUAAAUUAUUUCAUUCACUUACUCGCUGACGUGAUGAAUGAACAUGCACUCUCUCCUGAUAGCCACAUCCUCUUCAUCUCAUCAUCAUCAUCAUCAUCAUUAUAGUGUCAUUGGCCACUCAGUCAGACUGUUGUUCCAGUAAAUGGCCACUAGAUGGCAGCAUUGGGCGUAUAUGAUGACUAGAACUACUAACAAGUGCUAUUUAUUUAUGUACAUACUAUAUAUUCAUAUGUACACGAUGGAGUCUGGUCACCAUGGCAACAACCAGUUGGACAUUACAGUGGUGUGAAAAAGUUUGGGCACCUCUGUUAAUGUUCCAGACGUUCCUUUCUAAACGACUGCUUGUUGGAAUCAACCAUUCCUGGUAAAUAGAUCCUAUAGCAGACCAACACGGGGGAAGUGGAAUAAGUCCAAAUAAGUAGAAGGUAUUUUGGACCAUUCCUCUUUCCAAAACAUCUCCAUUUAAGUCAGGUUUGAUGGUUUCGCUUUAAAUCACGCCACAUAUUUUCGAUAAUAUUUAGGUCUAGGGACUGGGAUGGUCAUUCCACAACUUUGUACUUGUUCCUCUGCAUUCAAUUUUACAUGAAUUGAUUUUUUUUCCUAUUACAACUUUUUCUAAAAUGAAAUAAAACAAAAUUAAAAAUACAAAUA